UAUCCUCUUAAAUAUCCGACCACGAUGAUAGGAUAUAACAGAGGAAAGCUCCCAUCGUCCAAUCAAGCAGCUCCCGUAGCUAUGGCGGACAACGACACAGAAGCAGCAUUGCUCUCCAAGCCUUCUAAGGAUGAGGCCUGCAAGGAAGAGGCACCAAAGAGCAUCUCGGCUAAACAUGUGGCGUUAGUGGUGGUGGUGGCCCUGACCUCUGUGACCCAGGGCACGGCGACCAAGGGCUGGACCGCCGUGCUGCCCAAGAUGCAAAACGACACUCAAACCUUCACGGUCACCGACGACGACGUGGCGUGGCUCGUGUCCAUGACGUCCAUCGUGGGCAUCUUCGCCUCGCUGUGCACGGGGCCGCUGGUGGAGUGGGCGGGGCCGCGGCGGGUCCUGACGAUCACCACGGGCAUCACCACCUUCUUGUGGCUGCUGCUGGCCUUUCCGCCCCACAAGGCCGUCCUCUUCAUCGCCAGGGCGGCGCUGGCUGCCUGCGUCUACGUGAUCGUCACCAUACUGCAGCCCCUGGUGGCGGAGCUCAGCCCGAGUAGAGUCCGGGGCCUCACUUCCUCCACGCCGGAGAUCUCAGGCUCACUCGGGGCAUUGAUCGGCUACCUGGUGGCCUCCCUGACGCCCUGGGACGUGGCCACAGCGCUGUGUACGCUGACGGCGGCCGUGAUGGUGGUGCCCUUGCUCUUCGUUCCGGAGUCGCCCUACUGGCUGGUGCGGCGCGGCAGGACGCAGGCGGCCAAGGCGGCGCUGCAGCGGUUGGUGGGCUCCGAGGCCGUGGCGGAGGACGAGCUGUCAGCCAUCAGCAGCAUGCCCACCGCCACACAGACCUCCCUAACGCAGCAGGUGACGCACCACUUGAUCUGUACUGGAAAUAAUGGAUAAUACUGUACUGGGGCUGUACAAAGGUCAGCACCUUCCCCUCCCUCCCUUCCACCACCAAUACUGCUUAUGGGCAAUAACGUGUCCACCACUGUCUCGGCCGCUCUGCUUUGUCUCUCCAACACAACGCCUCAGCAACUCUGUGGACCGCUCGGCGUGUCUUGUGUGUGUGUCUUGUCUGUGUGUUUUGUCUGUGUGUCUUGUCUGUUGCUGACGCUGCUGGGUCUGGCUUCCAUCGCGCUGUGUUUU